AUGUGUUACAACGUGCUGUGCGACAAGUACGCGACACGGCAGAUGUAUGGUUAUUGUCCUAGCUGGGCCCUCGAUUGGGAAUAUCGGAAAAAAGGAAUCCUAGAUGAAAUACGACAUUAUGCUGCUGACAUCAUCAGCCUGCAGGAGGUCGAGACGGACCAAUUCUAUAAUUUUUUUUUACCCGAGCUUAAACACGAUGGUUACGAUGGUAUAUUCUCACCGAAAUCUCGUGCAAAGACAAUGGCUGAAAAUGACCGGAAGUACGUUGACGGAUGUGCUAUUUUUUACAGGACAGCCAAAUUCACCUUGAUAAAGGAGCAUUUAGUCGAAUUCAAUCAAUUGGCAAUGGCUAAUGCCGAAGGUUCGGACAAUAUGCUCAACCGAGUUAUGCCCAAAGAUAAUAUUGGAUUGGCUGCUCUUCUUCGAAUGAAGGAAGCCGCUUGGGACAACGUGAUUUAA